AAGUCAACAUAAAUAUAGUUUCAACAAAAAAAACCCAAAUCCGUUAUUUCAUUUUUUGUAUUUUCAAUCAAUGAAAGAAGACUCUUCCAAUCACGUGGGAUGGACCGGGCGUUGACUCCAAGUUGCCUCCGACGACGGCAAUGCGCUUGUGAUGGUCACCAUACAAAACUGUGGAAAAAAUCAAGCAUGACGCCAAACCAAACGCGUCCUUUUUCUCCUUUGCUCAACGGCGACAGAACUGCUGAGCUCCAAUAACAAUAAUCCAGGUCUAUAUAUCACCCCUACACCCAGCUGCUUGCUUCCCAAACCAUGGCGGCUAUAUAUGAGUAGGUGAUGACUGAUGAGAGGCAAGUGAACCACAGCGACUCCCUCCAUCGAUCUGAGCGAUCGUCGUAGAUAUCAUCUUGGUCAGGCCUGCAUGCGGUCAGAUAUUUUUACAACGAAUUAAGCGAUGUUUGGAGGGCCACUGCACGUGUGGAAUAAAUGUGCGAUCCAAGUCCUCGUACUACUCAGCUUUGGUCUGCAAAUCAUUCUCCUUGUCCUUGCCUCUACCCGCCGGCGCAGAUCUUCCAACUUGCCGCGGAUCUGCCUGAGGGUGCUCCUUUGGCUCGCCUAUCUCAUGGCCGACUCCACCGCUAUAUACACUCUUGGCCACCUUUCCAUCAAUGGUUGGUUGCCCGAACACGAGCUGGUGGCAUUCUGGGCGCCCUUUCUCCUCUUACAUCUUGGUAGCCAGGACAACAUCACCGCCUACGCCCUCGAGGACAACCAGCUCUGGCCACGCCACCUGCUAACCCUUGGUGUCCAAACCGUUGGAGUUUGUUAUGUGAUGUAUAAACAUAUGACCCACGAAUCAGCCAUGGUGGUAGCAGCCAGCUUGAUGUUCAUGGUUGGUUUCCUCAAGUACUUGGAGAGGACAUGGGCCCUCAAGCGUGCCACCCUUGACAAUAUCCGAAGCUCGAUCAAGGCUCGACCCUCUAGGGAUGCGCCGGUAGGGUCAAAGAAAAAUCAUACACGAGACCCGGAUGAAGAAGAGCUUCUGUUAUUUGCUCACCAUGUGCUCCCAACUUGCAUGGCUGCACUGACUGAUUAUUCUGAGGAUUCGGGUAAAGUUUCCCGACAUUGGAAAGGGGGGCAUAUUGGCAAGGUAGUCGAGAUGGAGCUCUCCCUCAUGUAUGACAUCCUCUACACCAAGGCAACGAUGAUCCACUGUUGGUAUGGCUACUUUCUCCGUGUCAUCUCACUGAUCUCCACUCUUGCUGCAUUACGGUUGUUUCAUUUCUAUGGUAAACAUGGUCAUGCCAAAAUUGAUGUUAUUAUCACCUACAUCUUGUUUGGUGGUGCACUGUUUCUGGACACGGUGUCGUUAGUCAAGGCUGCAAUGUCAACCUGGACAUGUGAUUUAUUGGACAAUAAAGGAGGAUGGGGUAAGACGCUUUCUAAUGUAAUUCAGUCUUCCCGUCGCCUUGUGAAGGCGGCAUCCACGAGAGGGUGGUCAGGAUCCGUUGGGCAGUAUAAUUUGUUUCACGUGUGCUCUCGUGACACGACCAAGACAAGCAUCAGAGUAUUACGGAUGAUGAAGCUCGAUGAUUGGUGGAAGAAAUAUCAGCACAAGGGGACCUUAGUGAUUCAAAGGGAUGUUAGGGAGCUGUUGUAUGAAGCGAUAUGGUGCACGAUAAAGAAUAAUGAUGAUCUCUCCGGGCUGUUCGACAUGAAAUUGCCGGAAGGUAAUAUCGAGCUUCAGGAUGUGAUCUUUGUCUGGCACAUCACCACCAAUAUCGUCCUCUCGUAUCCCGAAGCAAACGCAGUACAAUCCCCGUGUGUGGCGGCGAUCAAGGCCCUCUCGAACUACAUGAUGUAUCUGGCGGUGGCACGCCACGACAUGCUACCAGCCCUUAAGGUCCGCAGCAUGUGCGAGCAAACCAGCGAUGCUCUGCAGGACAUAUGGAGUGAAGCGACCUCGUGCCAAAGGGCGGCAGGUUUUGGGCGCAUACUGCAUGCCCUGGAUAUCAGGAGGCCGUCUUGGUACCACGACUCCGACCGCCCGUAUACUACGGUCAUCUAUGGAACCCUGUUUGCCAAGGAACUGCUACCUGAGGCAGUGGAACACUCCGCCAAUGAACUCCAUAGAAGCGCACGCUCGGAAGAUCGCAUGGAUAAGCGUUGUCGUAACAUUCUUUGGCGCAUAGUGCCCGAGGCAUACACAACUGGUAAUCUGUCUGUGGAAGUGCUUCUGAAGCUCAUCUUGGACGCAUGGGUGCGUAUGCUGGUCGCUGCGUCAAUCAGAUGCAGCAGGGAGUCCCAUGCCAAGCAGCUCAGCCGUGGCGGUGAGCUCAUAACCAUCGCGUGUAUCCUGACGGAGCACUUCCAUAGGCCUGCUCGUCGGUGACCUGCUAGCCGAUCACAAGUCCUAACAUUGCCAGGUUGAGCAGUCCUCCUCCUCCAUGUAAAGAAGACCACUUUAUUCAAGUUUGUAAGCGAAAAAUAUUUGCACGCAUGUUGGUCCAGAGUAAAUCGAAGCUCGACCAACUUUUAUUUUCCUCUGUACGGACACACAUAAUAUCUUGUUUAUUUCAUCUACAAAUUGAGUAAAUUCCAUCCAUCCGACAUCAAAUUGUGAGGCGCGAUCACUUUCAUGCAUGACGUUGUAAAGUGAAUACAAGCAGACACCAAUAACUGCAACCGAAAAAGAAGAAGGGGAAAUCAAAAAAUUCCAAGGUAGCCUCAAACUGCUGCCGCUGCUGCGGAACAGGACAUCGAUGAUCAGAGGUGCUCCCUCCGUCCCAUAAUAUAAGAACGUUUUUCAAGCUAUGAGGGAGUAUCUAUGUAUCACCUCACAGGGGCUCAGAUCUUGUCAGGCAAAAAAUUGAUACAAACUGAGUUUCCCAUGCAUGCUGAGCGAGCGAGUCCAAGUAGUUUUCACCCCUUUUGGGCGACUCUUUCGUUUGUCUGCCGUGCACAAUAGGCAAUUAAGGUGAGGCAACGAUGGA